UGGGCGCGGGAGCGGGAGCGGGCGAGGAGAGCCCCGCGGCGUCCCUGCCACGCAUGAAAAAGCGGGACUUCAGCUUGGAACAGCUACGCCAGUACGACGGGUCCCGCACCCCGCGCAUCCUGCUGGCGGUCAAUGGGAAAGUCUUCGACGUGACCAAAGGCAGCAAGUUCUACGGCCCCGCGGGGCCAUAUGGGAUAUUUGCUGGUAGAGAUGCUUCCAGAGGACUAGCAACAUUUUGCCUAGAUAAGGAUGCACUUAGAGAUGAAUAUGAUGACCUCUCAGAUUUGAAUGCAGUACAGAUGGAGAGUGUUCGAGAAUGGGAAAUGCAGUUUAAAGAGAAAUAUGAUUAUGUAGGCAGACUCCUAAAACCGGGGGAAGAACCUUCAGAAUACACAGAUGAAGAAGAUACCAAGGAUCACAAUAAACAGGAUUGAACUUUGUAAACAACCAAAGUCAGGGGCCUUCAGAACUGCAAUUCUUACUCCCUUUCACAGAAUGUCGAGUGUCUUUCAGUUUGAUUCACCUGCUGCAAAAAAUGUUUGACAGAUUGUAUACAAGAUAAAUGAGUCUCACUAUGAAGAUUUGAAUACUAGAAAAUAUGUAUGCUGCCAAACUCAUUUGUUGCAGUUGUUUGUAAUGUCUGGUGGGGCUCCAUCAUCCUGAAAAGGAACAGGCAGGCAUUUCUUACACAGCAAGAAAGUCAGGAGCUUACUUUUAACUCCCCCGCCUCUCUCCCCCUUCCCCCUCCUUUUUUUUCCCUCCCCCUCCCCAUCCCCUAUCUUACAUUUCUUCUCUCCUCCUUCUUUCUCCAAAAUAUAUCAAAGACAACCAGAUAUGUAUUUGCUACUCAAGUGUACAAAUCUCCUCAGAAAACAGCAAGGGACUCCUACUUCACAUGCUGUAUUUUUUAUUUUAGCAUUGAAGAGGUCACCUGGACAGAGGAGGAGGGAGUUGCACAUUAAUUUGAGUAGUUUAGGCUACUGAAACAUUAAAAUGUGAAUUCCCAAACUUUUCUUUUUGGGCUUUGUCGGGGAAAAGGAAAAAAGAAGGGAUUUCAAGUGGAUUGAAGUCAAGGAAAUUCCUCCCACUAAGAUCAUUUCAAACCAGUUGUAUCCCUUCCCUUCCUCUAGAUCAAAUCAAUAUUAAUUGUGCCUUAUUUCACUUCCAUAGACUUGAAUUAUUUUUAGGGAAAUCCCCUAUAUGAAUUUAGAAGUCACUACAAACAGCAUUGAGACUGAAGUUGGAAUAUUCUGUUGACCCACAAAACCUCGAUGUCAUUCUGUGUAUAUAGAAUGUAAAAGGAGUAUUCAGUGUUAACUGCCAUAUAUGUUGAUAUACACAAACUUAAAUUAGCAUUGUGAUGCCAAAUGCAUUCCCCCAUGCUUUCUCUUUAAAAAAAAAAAAAAAAAAAAAUUGGAAAUCACAUCAACAGCUCUUACCCCUUACAGCUGCCUAAUUCUAGGAGUCUGACACUCACAUCUCACAGGUGUGGGUACCUGGGGCUGCAGUAUGGAUGUCUGUGUGAGUGUGUCUGGAUGUGUGUGAGUGCCUUGGAAGGGUCUCUUUCUGCAGAUACUGUAAAUAUAAGUACUGUUUUAAUAAAGCAUGUAAAAUAAAUCAAAA